ACGCGCUGCGGCGGCGCCAAGAUGGCGGCGGGGAGCGGCGGGCCGGCGGCGCGGGAGCUGUUCGCUGAGGGGCUGCUGCAGUUCCUGCGGCCCGCCGUGCGGCAGCUGGACGGACACGUGCAUGCGGUCAGGGAGAGCCAAGUGGAGCUGCGGGAGCACAUCGACAGCCUGGCUACAGAGCUGUGCCGCAUCAAUGAGGACCAGAAAGUGGCGCUCGACCUCGACCCCUACGUGAAGAAGCUGCUGAACGCCCGGCGCAGGGUGGUGCUGGUCAAUAACAUCCUGCAGAACGCCCAGGAGCGGCUGCGGCGGCUGAACCACAGCGUGGCCAAGGAGACGAUGCGUAGGAGGGCUAUGCUGGAGGCAGCAGGCGGAUACCCCCAGGGUCUGCCCAGCAAGUGAGCCCCACUGCAGCACCCAACCGGACCCACAACCGCCCCCGGGAGCUGGGAUGGAGCAGGAGAAGCUCUGAGUUGGGGAGGUGCAACCCUGGGAGCCCCGUGUUGGCAGCACAGGAGGGUUGAGGAGCCCUGCACUGCAGCGUGCGGCGCAUCAGCUGCAGCAUAAGGAACUGGGGGGCUCUGUUGUGUUUUGAGGUUUGUAGGCACUGUAAUAAAAGGGACUGUGUGUUGCUUCUGGACUGGUGAGGCAGUGUGUGUCAGACACAGCCUUACAGGGUGUGCCUCAGUGGAAGCAGAGCCAGGCAGUGGCUGCCAGUGCAAACGUGGGGGGUAUUAAUCACCCCCAGGUGGAGCUUUUCAAGGUUAAGACCCCCCUCCGGGUACCACAGCUUUAACCCCUUUCUGUAGCGUGCACCUCCCCCCCCUCCCAAAACACAUAGAACUCACUCAAAAGGGAGAAUACUUUAAUGUGAACCUAUAAAAACAAAUACAAGGGACGAAUUGCA